CAAUUGUGUAGUACGUGCGUGUUUUGCCACGCAAACGCAGUACGCACACUUUUGCCGUCUACUUGGCAGAUCUUCGCCCUCCUUUCAUGAGCUCGAGUAUGCAGGAAGGGAUGACAAGCAGUUUAGCUCAAGGAUCCUCUCGAGGGAGCGUCGUGGCCGCCGGGGCGUCCUUCAGGGUGUACUACAGCCUCGGCGCCGGCACCGUGCCGUUCGUCUGGGAGACCAAGCCCGGCACGCCCAAGCGCCCCAUCGACCAUGUCGCUGGCACCGACGACGCGCUACCGCCAAUCACGCCGCCGCCGUUGUACCAGUCCAAGACCAUGAGGAGGUGCACGAGCACAAGGAAGUCAUCUUCUUGCUGGCCUCCGCGGAUGACGAGCUGGCUGAACAUCAGGACCCGCCAUCGUCGUCCAAUCGCGACACCCGGCCUGCACCAGAACGCGGCGUCGAUGAUCAACGGCUACGGCGGCGGCGUGCCAUCCUUGGGUGCUUCUGAGCCCGGCAUGGACAAUUAGAUGUACGUACGCCUAGUUAAAAGGUCGAUUGACUGGCUGCUGCACCGGCCCCUUUCCGGUGUUGUUUGAGUAUAUAGUUUUUUUCAGGGUUUUGUUUUAGUAUAGUUUGAGUGGUACAUAUGUAUUGUGGUGUUUGUGCUGGGCCUUUAAUUUUCAUUUCUGUGGUUUAAUUCUACUCGCUCUGUCCCAUAAUAUAAGAGCGUUUUUACAAUAAUGUCAAAAACAUUUUUAUAUUA